UUCAGAGACGAGCUGUAAUCCUUCAGUAUGGCCACUAGAUGGGGUAUUUGUGCUGUAGGGAAGAUUCGUAAUGAUUUCAUGUUUGCCCUGCAGACACUGACAGCUCAGGAUCACCAGGCUAUGGCUGUUGCAGCAAAAGAUCAGAAAUGUGCUAAAGAAUUUUCAAAAACUCACAACAUACCAAAAGUGUAUAGCUCAUAUGAAGAGCUUGCCAAGGACCCCAAUAUAGACACCAGCCACUCAUCCAUCAUCCCUGACAUCCUGGUUGCCUUCCAACCUCCCACGACAAUGUGGAGUCUGUAUUUUCCUGUGUAUGAUCAGAUACACUCCCUCCUAUCCCAGAAGGCCAUAGGGGAUGUAAAGGUUGUCCGGGCAGAGUUUGGCUCUAAUCAAUAUUAUGUCAUGCGGGCGGUGGGGAAGGAGCUGGGAGGAGGGGCACUGCUGGAUAUCGGCUGCUAUUGCCUCCAGUUUGCAUUAAUGGUUUUUAAAGGUGAAAAACCAGAAUCAGUAACGGCCAAAGGUUUUCUGUAUGAGACUGGUGUGGAUAAAACUGUGACAAUUAUUCUUCAGUAUGCAGGAAAACGUCAAGCCAUUCUGACCUGCACUAUCAUGGUGGCAAUGCCAAACCAGGCAGCCAAUUGUGGUUCUAAAGGAAUGAUUCAGAUUCCAACCUGCAUGUGGUGCUCAACCUUAGUUAUUCUCAAUGGCAAAGAGACACAAUGUCCCCUCCCGCAAUCCAGUAAACCCAUGCAUUUUAUAAACAGCACAGGACUUAGCUAUGAGGCCGAGCAUGUGCGCCAAUGUCUGCUAAAAGGUACUGUGCAUGAUCAUCCAUUAACCUUGGCAGACAGUGAGCUGCUACACACCAUCAUGGAUGAAGUUCGCAAGCAACUUGGAGUUCAAUUCCCACAGGACAAAGUCUUAUGAUAAAGGAGUGGUCAUUUAGAAUUAUGACUGCGGAACAGAAACAUUUAUUAAAAAU